CUUUCGUAUAAAUACGGAGUGCGUAAGAGUAAUUUUCAUUCAGUAUCCUGUCUGCAAGCUGUUGGACGUUGAAAGCCUCAGUAUUUUCCUGAGCUGACUCUUCUUCUCGUUCCUUGCAAUUCAACGUCCCGUUAGCCGACGCCAUAACUUUUGAGUCAUGGCAAGGAACAAAUCCGUGUUUUGGUUAUUCUUCACGGCGACAUUGAUGAUGUCUGUCGUUUUAAUCGACGCCCAAACCUUUUUCACGAACGGCCGUUACGGAAAGCGGUCUGAUAUCCGCUCGCGAGUGGCUAGCCGUUCAACCGACGAAAGGUUUUUCGGAGGGCCACGAUUUGGUCGCUCUGGAAAUGGUGGAGUACCACUUAGCAACAGUGAGCUUGAUGCCCGCAAUCCCGAAAGGUUUUUCAUAGGAAGUCGUUACGGGAAACGGAGCGAACCGGAACAAACUGUUCCGUCACAGCAGGCGGACGAGCCUUUUCUUAAUGGCCAGGAUAAGGAGACAUUUCUUGAAUGUACUCCAACAGGCAUUGAGCAACUUUACCACUGUAUGGAAAGGAAAAAUGGAAACAUGAAAAUUCAAGAAGCGGCGUGAAACGGUACCAACAUUUCGUGUCUGCAUGAAACUUAGCAAGACGCUCUUUGACUUUUACCUUUAUGACUCUAAAAAACACUAGUUCAUGCAUUGUACUAUAAUAAUAAACGUUGUACAACAUUGUCAUAUCAA